AAAUAUCGGUUACUACUCUUUUCGUGGCAGUUAAUAUAAAAAAUAUAUAAAAUUUAAAUUUUAUAUUUAUUUAAUCUGUAUUUUGUAAGAUUACGAUGAUAAUUAUAUUACAAUUAACUACCUUGUGCACUGAGUGCUAUGGUAUUAGUGUUGGUAGAAUUGAUAUCUGAUCGUGACUAAACUUUCGUUCUUUCGUGUAUGUGUGCAAAGAAAUCAGUGUUUUCUAUAGAUUUUCACAUUAGGUCAACAUAAAAAGUAUAUUUUAUACAAAUAACAAAACUAAUAUCGUCUAAAUUUGGUAUUAAGAUAGUUGUAUAUUAAUGUGUUGUAAACAAAGGUACCACAGGAAAAAUUCAUGAAUAUGUUUUUGUGCGCUAAGUUUCAUAAUGGCGGCCCGUCGCGUCCCCCGCGCCUCCAUUUCGAUGACAGUCAAAUUAUGACAAUGCCGAUGCCUAAAAUGUAAAAAUGUGUUAUUGUAAAUAUUUUAGUGAAAGUUGUUAACUUUUAAUAUUGUGGGGACUGACAAUGAAUCCAGAACAUCAUAAUAUCAAUACGGGUGGUGGCCAACCUCCUGGAAGUUCAGAGUCUCAGAGUCAAAGAGUGCAAAAUGCACAGCAGCAACAAGCAAGUAAUAUGCCUGCAACAACCUCUGCGACGGACUUGAGAGUGAAUUCGGCGGCCGUAAACGUUGCUUUGUCUAGCGUCGCCAAAUAUUGGGUGUUUACAAAUUUAUUUCCGAGCCCCAUCCCACAAGUUUCUGUUUACGGACUACCAACUGGAACACGAAUAGAAAAUGGAAAACCAGUUCAGGAUUUGGGACAGGCACAUGCCAGUAUACUUAAUGGAGACCCCAACAUCAUCUUGGGCCAUCAUGCAGGUCAACCACAAGUCACUGUUUCUGCUGGGGCCCAACAAAUUCCUGUGUCCCAAAUUAUUGCUACACAAUCAGGACAAGCACAUGAAGCACUGGUGGCACAUAAUCAACAGCAAGAGCUAGCACAGCAAGCCUCAAGUGCUGGAGCACAGGUCACUGUUACUCCAGGCCAACCCACUCAUCAGCAGGUACCCAAUAAUCGGGUCGAGUUUGUACAACACCAUAACAUUGAUAUGGUAAAUCAUGUGGGGCAUCAUUCACAGCAGCAUUUGAUGCAACAACAACUGAUGGCUAGUACUCGGCCAGAGCAUACGAAUCAACAGAUACAAUUAACUGUCAGUGAAGAUGGCAUUGUAACAGUUGUGGAGCCAGGUGGAGGGAAGCUUGUGGAUAAGGAGGAAUUACACGAGGCAAUCAAAAUGCCCACAGACCACACACUCACAGUACAUCAAUUGCAGCAGAUAGUUGGACAACAGGUAUUGGACAGCGUGGUUCGUAUAGAGCAGGCAACCGGUGAACCGGCCAAUAUUUUGGUGACGCAUAACCCUGACGGAACCACUUCCAUAGAAGCCAGCGCGGCUGACCCGUUGGCAAUAGUCAAAGAUGAAAAAAGCGCUAGCAAAAUGGAGACAGCUCAGUUUGCUAUACCUGCAGAUAUAAAGGACAUUAAGGGUAUUGAUUUGAAAAGUGUUGGUGCAAUGGGUAUGGAGGGUGCAGUGGUGAAGAUUUCUGCAGGAUCAUCAGAGCAUGAUCUCCAUGCUAUGUACAAAGUAAAUGUGGAAGAUCUCUCCCAAUUACUUGCUUACCAUGAAGUGUUUGGCAAACUCAAUGCUGAAGGACAACAGCAAACAAAGGUAAUAAAUGAAGUGGAGGUAGAGCCAGGUACCAGUGGCACCCUGGCAGAAUCCGAGUCCUCCCCGGGCCACCACUCCUGUGACAUUUGCGGGAAGUCCUUCCAAUUUCGCUACCAACUUAUUGUUCACAGGCGAUAUCAUGGCGAAAGCAAACCAUACACGUGUCAAGUAUGCGGUUCGGCGUUUGCUAAUCCCGUCGAACUGUCACGACACGGAAAAUGUCAUCUUGCUGGAGAUCCAGCUGAGAGACAUGCAAAGAGGUCAACUCAAGACAAACCGUAUGCCUGCACCACUUGCCACAAAACAUUUUCUCGGAAAGAGCAUCUCGACAACCAUGUCCGCAGCCAUACUGGAGAGACUCCAUAUAGAUGUGAAUAUUGCUCGAAAACAUUCACGCGUAAGGAGCAUAUGGUAAACCAUGUGCGAAAACAUACGGGCGAGACGCCGCAUCGCUGCGAGAUAUGCAAGAAGAGCUUCACUAGGAAGGAGCACUUCAUGAACCACGUUAUGUGGCACACUGGUGAAACGCCGCAUCAUUGUCAAAUUUGCGACAAGAAGUUCACUAGGAACGAGCAUUUAGUGAACCAUAUGAGAUCGCAUACAAACGAUACUCCGUUCCGAUGCGAACUGUGUGGCAAGUCUUUUACAAGAAAAGAACACUUCACCAAUCACAUUAUGUGGCACACGGGUGAAACACCUCAUAGAUGCGACUUUUGCUCUAAAACAUUUACUCGUAAAGAGCAUCUGUUGAAUCAUGUCCGCCAACAUACGGGCGAAUCGCCACAUCGCUGCAACUUCUGUUCCAAAUCGUUCACGCGCCGUGAGCAUCUCGUGAACCACGUCCGACAACACACUGGAGAGACACCCUUUCAGUGUGGAUAUUGUCCCAAAGCAUUCACCAGGAAAGACCACCUAGUGAACCAUGUCCGUCAGCACACGGGCGAAUCACCACAUAAGUGUUCUUUCUGCACUAAAUCGUUCACGCGGAAGGAGCAUUUGACGAAUCACGUGCGCCAACAUACCGGAGAGUCGCCCCAUCGUUGUUCUUUCUGCGCUAAGUCGUUCACAAGGAAAGAACAUCUUACAAACCAUAUCAGACAGCAUACGGGCGAAACGCCACACAAGUGCACGUACUGCCCGCGCGCGUUCUCCCGCAAGGAACACCUCAACAACCACAUUCGCCAGCACACCGGCGACAUGCCGCACUCUUGCACCUACUGCAACAAGAGUUUCACGAGAAAAGAGCAUCUCGUUAAUCAUAUCAGACAACAUACCGGAGAGACACCGUUCAAGUGUACAUAUUGCACGAAAUCCUUUUCACGGAAGGAGCACCUAACGAACCAUGUGCACCUCCAUACUGGCGAAACACCGCACAAGUGCCCGUUCUGUACUAAGACAUUCUCUCGGAAGGAGCAUUUGACCAACCAUGUCAGGAUCCACACGGGCGAGUCUCCGCACCGGUGCGAAUUUUGCCAGAAAACAUUCACUCGUAAGGAGCAUCUCACCAACCACUUGAAGCAGCAUACUGGCGACACACCGCACGCCUGCAAAAUCUGCGCCAAACCCUUUACCAGAAAAGAACACCUUGUUACUCAUAUGAGAUCGCACAGUUGCGGCGAACGCCCAUUCAGUUGUAACGAGUGCGGUAAAUCAUUCCCGUUGAAAGGCAACCUACUAUUCCACGAACGGUCACAUAACAAGGGCAAUGGCGGUGCGAGGCCCUUCAGGUGCGAUGUCUGUUCGAAGGACUUCCUGUGUAAAGGACACCUGGUAUCUCACCGUCGCACGCACGCGGAAGCGGGAGGUGCCGCAGGCGGGGCAGCGGGCGGAGCACCCACUGCGGCGGAAUGCGGCUGCGACACGGCGCCCGAUGCUGAGUGCACUAAGUGCGACAAGGGAGACGUCGAGCGGCCGGAGAGAAAACACGACAUUAGCCGGACAACAACAGAAAACAGACCUGCUGAAAGUAGUAUCACACAAAACCCCCAGAAUAGCACAACUGUGAUGCAAAUAACAAAUCAACAAGUUCGCGCGGGCGUCGCGACGAGCGGUUCCGAUGUAGCGGGUGUGACAGGCGUGGCGAGCGUGUCGGGCGUGGCGAAUGUGGCUGCUAGCGGUACGUUCGCGCAUCCCGCCGCCGCCACACACCACGCCGGCGCCGCUAUACACCACCCCGUCACUGUGAACUACUAGCACCACGCCAUGUCGACUGCGCCGCAAGCCUGCCACCAGCUACUGUGAGCCGCGACGAUCGACACACGACACGCGUAGCCGCGACGAGUGUGACUACCACGCCCCGUCGCCUACGCCCCUAUCCUGCCACUGUAUACUGUGAGGAACAAUCGAGUACACGAUAAUCGACAUGAGAACGUGUUUCCACCCUACAUAAUGUAUUUCAUGUUUCAUUUUAUCUCUUUUUUCAUAACACAUAACAUCUUCUCUAAUUCUAAUAAUUUAAUUCUUUUUUUCAUAACAUCUGAUUUUAGUUAUUUAAUGUUUUGUGGUUAAAUCUUAAUUUGAAAGAGACAAAUCACUAAUAAUUAAUAGCCGGUGCUAUUUUUAUUUUUAACCGACUUCUAAAAGUAGGAGCUUCACAGUUUUUUUUUUUCAUGUUUGUUGCCUCAUAACUCUGUGAUUUAUAAAUCUAUUUGGAAAAUUGUGUUUUUUUUUAUCUAAACAAUAUACUUUCAGAUUGGUCACACAGAAAUUUUAUCGAAAUGGGCUCAGUGGUUUAGUUUUUAAAUCAAAAUAACUGGUUUUUGUACAACUGAAGUUGUUUUAUUUUUAUAAAACACGAUCUUAAUUAUGAUCGCAUAUGACUUUAAAAUUUUACAUUUACAGUUUUUUUUUUUUUUUUUGCAUUUUACAGUUUACUACUAAUUAGAUUUUUUAUGGAUUGAAACAGUGAACUUUCAAUAUUCAACUUUUCUCUAGUUGAUUCAAACAAUGUACAGUCCAAUUGGUAACAGCUAAACAACUGAAAUUUUUAUCAAUCAUAGAUAACAUGAAUACGCAAGUGUAUUUUCAGUCUAAAAACAAGACUCCUGUGAACAAAAUGGCAAACACCCAAAUAAAACCCAUUAAUUUCAAAAAGAAUCAUCAAAAGUGAAAUACAAAAGAUGCCCGAAUUAUGAAUCUCAUGAUUUUGGCAAUCGGUUGAAAAAAAAAUUUUUUUGAUUCCGUAUAUAAAAGAUAAAAAGAAUUCUUUAUAAGAUCACUUUAUUUUCUGUCUGUUUAUCUACUAAGACCCAUCAAGGGAUUUGCCAGGAAUCAAUAUUUUAUAACACAAGUAAGGGAAAAAAAUCCGUAAUCCGCAAAUUUGUGGUUACAUUACAAAAAAUAUUCUUCUAUAAAAAAUAUAGUCUGACUUGUACGUGACAGGUUCUUGUUUAUUUUAAUAAGACUUUAUUUAAAGUGUUUAUAUUUUAUAUGUGGUACGUUUAGUUAACACUUUUGGCAUGUCUUUUUAUUGAAAUAACAGCACAUAAAACAUACAUAUAGCCAAAAUAAAAAUGAUUUUGUGUUAAUCGAUUAUGUAUUAUCUAACUUUAAAGUUCUUAUUUUUGAAUGACUAAUUUAAAAAAAAGACAUACCAAGAUCGCUUCCUAAUAAAAGAAAAAGAUAUUAAUUAUCUACAUUUCCAUGGGAAUAUCAUAUAUAUUUUCCUAUCUUAGUGGAUAUUUAUGUAAGACGAGAAAACUAUACCUAACUCAAAGCGGAGCUAGAAAAAAACGCUAUAGCCAGAUAUGUGUAAUAUAAUGAGAUUACUACGUGUAGAUAUUACAUCGUAAUGCGAACUCAUAAUGUCGGUUUUUACGUGAACACUGCUUGUUGUACUCAUUCACAAUCUUUGUAUGACAUUACAUUACAAAUUACCCAAAUUUGGACAUGGAUUAAGGUACCACUUAUUUCUAUUGUAUAAAAUCCAAUUCACUCGAUACAUUUUGAGUCGAGAUUGAAUAGGUCUGGGAUGUAACUUAUUUGUAAAUAUAUACACUUAAUUUUUAGUCGGAAUUCGAAUAUGUCCUUAGCAAGAUAGUUAUAACUAUUUUUUUUUCUCAGAGCAAUAUGAUUUUGUUUAUUAAUGAUAAAUGGUUAUGUACUGUCACCAAUACGCUAUAUUCGUUAAUUGUAAUACAAACUAAGAAAUUCAAAUCUUCCUCGUUUUAUCGCUGAACUGCUUUUUAUGUAAUAAAUAGUAUAAUGUAAAUAAAACUGAUAAAUAGUAUGUAAAAAGGUGAUUGUUGCUUUUGUGAUUUACUUGAUAUUUAUGAAUAUAAAGCAUCAAAUAUAGACAGUAAAGGUGUUUGAUUCAGUUUAAUUACCAAUCAAUAAGUAAUAUCCAUAAUUCAUUAGUUUUACUGUUAAUAUCCACACAUUUAUAGUUUAAUUACGGUUACCAGAUUAACACUUAAUUUUUCACUAUGUACACACCAGUAAAUUGAUUUUAGGUUUUAUUUUAGAUAUUUUUUACAGAUUUGCUUAUAAUGACAAAUCAUGCUACAUAUAAAACAUUCCUGAAAAAAAAUUGGUGUAGUAACCGAGAAAAAUAUUUAUUAUUUUAUUGUAAUUUGCAGUGGAACUAUAUCCUUAUUUAUGGUCAAAGUUCCUUUAUCUUGGUUUUUAAUUAUUUUGGGUAUACAAAAGUAUCAACAUAUUUUAUGCGAUAUUAAGGCUUAGGUGGAAAUAUUAAAUCAUAUUUUUAUUUACUUAAUCUUAAAAAGGGACCAUAGGCGCGAGAGGUGAUUAAAAUAAAUUCUCUUGCAAUUUCCCAAGGAAUUAACAAAAUUCAUAUGAUCAAACCAAUUGUAUAUUUAGAGUAAAACAGAUAAAAAUACCCUAAUAAUACUAUGGUAUGGUCCAGCUUAGGUAAUAACUAUUCUUUGCCAUGUAUGUAUAGUACAAGUGUGAUAAAAUCAAUAAAUGUAAUGUUUUUUAUGAAAAAAUGUAUAGAAGUAAAAUGGAAGGCUGUGUUGCUUAGCUUACAUCGUUUGACUACAAAGGGGAUGACAAUAAACAAAAUGUCAGAAAAUAUCCUUAAAAUGUAUGUUGAGAAUGAGCUAGUAGUGCAUAACUUAAUUUUACCUGACUCUUUUAUGAAUGGAGAUCUUAUCCCAUAUUGUAGUAGAUCGAUGAUAGCAUGGCAUAAUCGCCAGUCAGUACACGAAGUGGUGUUAUAAUCACUUUUGUUUACUGUAACAGCUUGUAAAACUAUCAAUUAGCUUGUAUCUAUUUGUACAUAGUCUAUUAUAACCUAUUAGUUUAUCCUGUAGCGUAAUUAAGUGUAAUAAAAUUAUAUCAUUUAUGUUAAUAAUGGCUGGAUUGUGGUAUAAAUAUUGUUAAACUGAGAUGGGAUAAAACGAUUAAAAAUCGUCCGGUUUUAGUAAUUUCUUUUUUAUAGGUGCAGAAAAUCAUGGAGAUAAUUUUUAUCACAGCCAAAUGAUAUCUUAUCUUCAAUGGUGCCACGCUAAUUUAUAUUUUAUAGUAAUCAUAAACUUAGAAACAAUAGUCUAUACUAAAAAUUAAUUUAUGUUCAGUAAUUUGAUAUGGAUGAGAUUAAAAAUUUUAAAGAAAGUA